AUUGAAAUUCAAUGAUACCUAAUACAAAAAGAGAUUUAGUAGCCAUAGAAUAUUUAUAACAAAAUGUUUAUCCUGGUUUAUAGCCAGCAUUAAUGAAGGUAUUCUAAAUUAAUAUUAUUAGUUAAUUGAUCAUGUUGUGAAAUCAGAUGAAGUUAGAAAACAUUAAGAAAGACUUAAAAAAAUAAAAAUAUUUGAUAAAAUUGAAUAGAAGAGAGUUGAAAAAGAGAGACUAAGAGCUGAACUUGGAUCUGAAUAUGAAUCUUCAGAUGGAUCUGUAGAUUUAGAUGAAAUGGGAAUUAAUUAAUCAGAGUUUCAUAAAUAUAUGGGAAAAGAAUAAAAAGAAAUUCAAUCACCUUUACCAAUGGAUGAAUAAAUAUAACAAGGAGGAGUAGAAGAAUAGACUUCAUAAGAAUUAAAAAAAGACACUUUAUUAUCUUUAGGAGAAAUUAGAGAAGACUAAGAAGAUGAGGAUCAAGCAGAUAAACAUGAAUUAGAAAAAAUGAAGUAAUUUCUUAGGUAGCAAAGAGAAGAAAUGUCAUUCAAUCCUUUGCUAUUUCUAGCCCAAUAGAUUCGAGAUAUUAUUGCUGCAAACAAUUGA